CCCUGCCUCUGGUUCGCCAUGCGUCCCGGGGCGCCGCGGCCGCUGUGGCCACUGCCCUGGGGGGCCCUCGCUUGGGCCGUAGGCUUCAUGGGAUCUUCAGGCUCGGGGGACCCCACAGCCGGUGGCGUCUGCUGGCUCCAGCAGGGCCGGGAGGCCACCUGCAGCCUGGUGCUCAGGACGGACGUGAGCUGGGCGGAGUGCUGCGCCUCGGGCAACGUGGACGCCGCCUGGUCCAACCUCACCCACCCCGGCAACAAGCUCGGCCUCCUGGGCCUCCUGGGCCUCGUGCACUGCCUCCCCUGCAAAGACUCGUGCGAGGGCGUGGAGUGCGGCCCGGGCAAGGCGUGCCGCAUGCUGGGUGGCCGCCCGCGCUGCGAACCGCCCGCCCGGCCUGUCCGGCCGCCCACAGAGUCCUGCGCGCAGGUGGUGUGCCCGCGGCCUCAGUCGUGCGUCGUGGACCAGACGGGCAGCGCGCACUGCGUGCUGUGUCGCGCGGCCCCCUGUCCCGUGCCCUCCAGCCCCGGCCAGGAGCUCUGCGGCAACAACAACGUGACCUACAGCUCCUCGUGCCACCUGCGCCAGGCCACCUGCUUUCUGGGCCGCUCGAUCGGCGUGCGCUACCGGGGCAGCUGCGCAGGGACCCCGGAGGAGCCGCCGGAGGCGGAGUCGGAGUCGGAGGAGGAGAACUUUGUGUGAGCGGUCAGCGGGCCUGGGCCUGGCGGUCCAGGUCUCCUCGUUCUAUUUAUUGCCAUAGCAGCCUAACUUAUGUCCCGCUGGCUCCCCAGAGCCUGGCCUGGGGUCUCCGGGGACCCGGCAGGACUGAGGGAGGGUGGCCUGGGAGCCCGGCUGUGGGUCACGCACUGUACCCCCAGCCCACGUGCUGGGCCUCAGGGGACUUCAGGAGGUCCCCAUGCUUCCCCUUGGGGACACAUCUGGUCAUUUUCGCCAUCACCUGGCUGGCCCAGGACUCCCUGCGGGAAACCGGAAGAGGCGCUGCUUGCUCACCCACCCCCAAGCGGGAGGUGAGCGAGGUUCGGCCCGGGUGGGCAUCGGGGAGCCUCAGCCCUCAUGCACCUUGGUGCACACAGGCAGGCCCAGCCAGGCAGACCCUCACCCGGGCUAGGAAGCAGCCUGAGGCCUUCAGUCUUGGCCUCCCCACUCCCUCUGCUGUCAUGUCCUGUGACCGCCCAGAGAGGUGGCCCACCGUCUAAGGUCGCGGUCUCUGAGGGCCGGCACAGAGCGGAGCAUUGCCCUGCCAUGCCCAGCCCCUGAGGGGGCCGCACCCUGCUCCCUGCUUGCAUGGAGACUGGCUGCAUGCCCCUCCGGACCGGGCGGCCGAGUGGAGCCCAGUGCCUGCCAGCCUGGUGCUGGUCCUGGGCUGCCCCUGCACCCAGUCCUGGCUACUGCUACCAGAGGGUCAGCCCAGAUGUGGGUGGCGGGGACCCCACUGGGAAGGAUCCUGGGUCCCCGGGACUGGGGCGAGGCGUGUGGGAGUCUGCUGACUCUGGCUCCCCCGGAGGGCCUUAUGUCCGGAGCAGUGUCCUUGAGCGGGUGAGUCUGCCCACGCCGCCCCCCCCCAAGGCAGCCUCCCCCACCUGGGGUCCUAUCUCACCAAAGAAAUAAAGACAAAAAGCCACUUUGGA